UCGCGCCAUGAGGCUGUCGAGGCUGUGCCGGGUCGCUCUGCUCCUCCUUGCCUUCCUUGUCCUCCUGGGCCCGUCCCAGCCCUACAAGCUUAAUGUGCCAAAGGUGCUGCUGCCCGUCAGCUGGGAGCUGCGGGUCCCCUUUAUGCUGGAGGCUGAGGGUGGCUGCUACUCCUGGUAUUCAACCCGUCAGGAUACAGUCACUGUUGAGCCAGUUUACAAGAAUGGUACCACUUGUUCGCAAAGAGCUUUGCUGUUUGCUCAGUCUACCCAAGCCAAGAAAUUAAGCAGUGUUGUUAUAGCUGAAGAUCGUGUGACAGGCCAUUUACUACGUUGUGAUGUCAUUGUUGAUGUGAUAGACAGUAUUGAAAUUAUCUCACGAACUCGAGAAAUCUAUGUGGAAGAUGCUCCGUUGGAGUUAACUGUGAGGGCUCUGGAUGUAGAAGGAAACACAUUUAGUAGCUUGUCAGGAAUGACAUUUGAGUGGAACAUUGCCAAGGAUGAUGACAUGGACAGCCUAGAACUCUCUAGCAAAAUUAGGAUUCUAAAGUAUUCAGAGGCAGAGUAUUCUCCCCCAGACUAUAUUGUUGAGCUAGAAGGAGCAGAAAAACAAGGAGACAGGAUUCUGGUUUCAGGAAUCAAAACGGGUGCAGCAGUUGUAAAAGUCCGAAUACAGGAACCAGUUUACAAGAAAAUAUCUGCUGCUCUGGUACGUCUGCUGGUUCUGGAGAAUAUAUUCCUUGUACCUUCCCAUGAUAUUUAUCUUCUGGUUGGAACUUACAUCAAGUACAAAGUUGGUAAAAUUGUACAGGGAAAGAUUACAGAAGUGGAUUUACCUUUUGAACAUUAUGAACUUGAACUGCGUGAUCAAAUCAUUGCAGCUGGUGGGUCUGACCAUCUUCCAGUGGCUCAGCUGGAUGUGAACACAGCCACUGUAACAGCAGUGCAGCUGGGACAGGUUAAUCUUGUGUUUGUUUAUAAAAAUAUCCACAUGCGAGCUGCAUCUGUACUUCCAAACUGCACUAUCUAUGUUGUAGAGGCUGCAUUUUUAGGUUUCACUAUCCAACCAGGAGACAGAUGGGUUCUAGAAGUCAGGGGAGUGUAUACAAUCACUGUUGAAGUAUAUGAUAAAGCCAGCACCAAAGUUUAUUUAUCUGAUAACAUAAGAAUAACUCAUCACUUUCCCAUGGAAUAUCUUGAAGAGAUAAUGUCUUCUGCUAAUGGUUCUUACCAUACAGUUCAGGUCCUGAAAGGUGGCAUCACAGUAAUAAACGCUGCAUUGACUUCUGUUCUUCUACAGGAUGGCUCUGAGGCAUACUUGCCUGCCCCAAUCAGUCAUGAACAGGAGGCAAGGAUUUACCUUCGGAUCAAGCUGACACCCUCCUUCCUUGCUUUUCCACACCACCAGAUGGAAGUUUUGUAUCAACAUAGAGUUCAGGUGGAGGGAGGCAGCGGCAAUUUCACAUGGACCUCUUCCAAUCAGAGUGUAGUCACAGUCACCAUAAAAGGAGUAGUGACAGCAGGGCUGGUUGGGGGGCAGAGCACAGUGCAGGCCAGAGAUGUGCAGAAUCCCUUCCAUUAUGGAGAAAUUCAGGUGUAUGUGCUGAGGCCAACGAAGAUGGAGUUUUUGCCAUUUCAUGCAGACAUUGAAAUUGGACAAGUUUUAGAAGCUCCACUCAUGAUGUACUACAUAGACAGAGAGACGAGGGAGACCAUUGCUUUCACUGACUGUUCCCUGUUAGAGCUGGAUGUAAGCAUGGAUAAGCAAGGCAUCUUCACUCCUGCUGAAGAAGGUGUUCAGAAACCUGGCCAGAGAUUUUGCUCCAGCAUCCAGUUAGCUGCAAAGGCCUUGGGACAUACUUUAGUGACAGUGAGUGCUACCAUGUACCAGGAAUAUUUUGAAACCAGUGCUACGUUUGCUGCUUAUGAGCCUCUCAAGGCAGUAAACCCUGUGGAAGUGGCACUGGUGACGUGGCAGUCACUAAAGGAGGUGGUAUUUGAGGGAGGGCCAGGUCCAUGGAUUUUGGAACCAUCUCGUUUCUUCUUGGAACUGACUAUGGAGCAUGAGGAAAAAAUCAAAGUUACUCAGGUCCGUCUGCCAACCAAAAGGAAACAAAACCAAUACAUUUACCGAAUUGUGUGUCUGGAGUUGGGGGAACAGGUGCUGACCUUCCGAGUAGGUAAUCAGCCAGGUGUCCUGAACCCCAGUCCUGCAGUGGAGAUGGUGCAGGUGAUAUUCAUUUGUGCUCAUCCAGCCAGUAUGUCUGUGACUCCAGUUUACAACGUAUCUGCAGGUGCCCAGCCGUGCCCAUUACUUCAACAUAACAAGCAGCUGAUCCCUGUGUCCAGUUUGAGGAAUACAGUUUUGGAGUUGGCUGUAUUUGAUCAACACCGGCGAAAGUUUGACAACUUUAGUUCUUUGGUGCUGGAGUGGAAAUCAUCCAAUGAAACCCUUGCACAUUUUACAGAUGGAAAGUCCAUGCAGAUGGUAGCAAAGAAUGAUGGUAGUGGACAGAUCAGGAUGCAUGGGCAUCAGCUGCUAGAAGUACACCAAAUGAAAGGGACUGUUCUGAUAACAGUCUGCUUUGUGAAGUGUUCAGAGAGAGGAAGCCCAAAAGAAGUAUCUAACUUACUCAACUCCGCAGCUGUGGAGUUGAUACUGGUAAAGGAUGUGACCAUUGUGCCAGAGAACAUCACUAUAUAUAAUCAUCCAGCUGUAAAGGAGAUGUUUGACCUAGUGGAAGGAUCUGGGUACUUUCUAGUCAACAGCAGUGAAGAUGAUAUAGUAAAUAUUACAUACCUGGAAGCAGAAAGUGCCAUUGAGGUCAUCCCUUUGCAACCUGGGUCUUUAACCAUGGCAGUCUAUGAUCUCUGCUUGGCUUUCCUAGGACCAGCUACCACCUAUCUCCAUGUGUCUGACAUUUAUGAGUUGGAGGUGGACCUGGUCGAUAAGAUUGAGAUUGGCAAAUCAGUCUUCGUCACUGUGCGAGUGCUGGGUUUUCAUCACCAUCCCUUCAGGAGCAAAUACUUCAAGCACAUGAAACUGAAGCUGCAGGCGUCAUCUGCUGUUUUUAUACUUGCGAAAAUGGAGGAAGUGGGUGAAUACUCUGAAAUUCAUGUGCUUCAAGCAGUUGCAGUAGGCCAGACAACUUUGGUGGCCAUAGCCUGGGACAAGAUGGGAAGAAAGUUCACUUCCCCACCUCAUAAAGUUGAAGUCUUUCCUCCAUUCAAACUUAUCCCAAAGAAAAUGACUCUCAUUCCACACAACAUGAUGCAGGUGAUGUCAGAAGGUGGCCCACAGCCACAGUCCAUUAUUCACUUCUCUAUCAACAACGAGACUGUGGCUGUAGUUAACAGGCUUGGCCAGGUAACAGCUAAGACAGUGGGAACGACCAUAAUACAGGGCACUAUUCAGGCAGUCAGUGAAGACACAGGAAGAGUAAUUGUUUUCUCACAGGAUCAAAUAGAAUUGGAAGUAGUUCAGCUAAGAGCAGUAAGAAUUCAUGCGCCUGCCACCAGGCUUAUAACAGCCACUGAGAUGCCUGUCUAUGUGAUGGGCAUGACUAGCAUGCAGACUCCAUUUUCCUUUGGCAGUGCCAAUGCAGGGCUGAUGUUUCAUUGGUCAAUGAGCAAACGGGAUGUUCUGGACCUUCUUCCACAACACUCAGAGGUUUCCCUAGAGUUACUACCAGAGAAUAAUUUCGCUAUGGUCAUUUAUACAAAAGUGGCUGGGAGAACUAGUAUUAAAGUGACAGUACAAUGCCUGAAUGUGUCUGCUGGGCAGUUUGAAGGAAACCUAGCUGAACUGUCAGAUGAAAUACAAAUAUUGGUGUUCGAUAAAUUGCUACUUUUUUCUCCUGAGUGCCCCACAGAACAAAUUCUGAUGUCAAUGAACUCUCAGCUCAAGCUGUUCACAAACAGGGAGGGGGCUGCCUUUGUGAGCUCUCAGAUUCUGAAGUGUAACCCCAACUCUUCUGUCAUUGAGGACCAUGGUCAGGGUCUCCUGAGAGCGGGAGCUAUAACAGGCACUGCUGUGCUAGAAGUAACUUGUAUGGAACUCUUUGGAGUCAGUCAGACUGUCAUAACAGGAAUCCAGGUAGCACCGGUGUCAUACAUGAUGAUCAGCACCAGUCCCAAGCUCUACACAACUGGCAGCAUGCCCCUGAUGGCAUUCCCCCUUGGAAUGGCCCUAACUCUCACAAUCCAGUUCUACAACAACAUUGGGGAGAAGUUCCAUGCCCAGAACACACAGCUCUACCUGGCUUUGAACAGAGAUGACCUACUGCUAAUCAGACCUGGGAGCAAGAAUUAUACAUACAUUGCUCAGGCAGUGAACAGAGGAGUGACACUGCUGGGAAUCUGGGAUGCGAAGCAUCCAGGCAUGGCUGAUUACAUCCCUGUGCCUGUGGAGUAUGCCAUUGAGCCAGACAUCUCCAAGCCCACCGCACUAGGAGAUGUGAUCUGUUUCAGCACGCCCCUUGUAAAUCAAGAAGGAGAACCUGGGAUGUGGCAUAUCUCCCCCAGUGGCAUUCUUGAGAUGGACUCAGUGAGUGGAGCAGCAUUUGUGAAGAGCCCUGGGACUGCUACAGUCUUUCAUGACAUUCCAGGGAUAGGGAAAACAUACAGAGAGGUAGUUGUCAACAGUUCUUCAAGAUUAAGCCCCCAGCUGGGUCCCAAAGGCUACCUGACCAACACGCCUGACUCUUCUAAACUCCAAGUCUUUGUUGCUACAAGCAGUGCAGAAGCAACGCUCAAAGGCCCCUGCAGCCCAGUUCAGAUGUAUGCAAUCUCUAAUCUUCUUCUCCCAGAGUCUCACCUGAUGUGUCAAGUUGAAUUCAGCAACCCAAUGUUUGACAUUCCAGCAAGUAAAGUCUUCAGUAUCCAGUCGAAAUUUAGCAUUGAAAGAGGUCUGUAUGCCUGUCUAAUCACUGCUAAGCCCCAGUCUGAUGAAGUCCGUCUGGCUUUGAGUUUUGCUGAGGCCUCGGUGUAUGUGAUGGUCUCUCUCUCCAGUCAGCGGAGCAAGGACGGAAUGCAAAGAAUCCUGGUUCCUUUCCUUCCGGCAUUUUACAUCAACCAGUCGGAAUUGGUUUUUAGCAGCAAACAGCUCAGUGGCGAGAUAAGAGUGCUGGGAACUGAGAAAGUGUUAGAAAAGCUGCAGGUUCAUCCCAGCUCUCCUGCAAUAAUAGUGAAGCAUCCUGAAUACACACCCGACAUGCCUGGGCUUGUCUCCUACCCCAUUAACGUGGCCAACCUCACAUCUCUCCGGCAGAGGGCAGCACCUGUCUUCAUCAACAUCUCCUGUGUCCUCACAGGCCAAAGAGGUGCAGUAGAAGUGAAAGUUUUGGCAGAACAGCACAUGUUUGGUCAGUGCAGUGAAGCAGGAAUUGUGCAACAGCUAAUGAGCUCUUACCAGAUCCUUCUCUUCACCCUUUUUGCUGUUCUAGCAUCAACAACUGUCAUCUUUCUUACUUACAAUGCCUUUCUGACAAGAGUGCAAACUGUGCCCAUUGUGUACAUUCCCACCUCUGCCGCUUCUCAGACAGGGUAUUAUUCUCCUAUGAGUCCUCAGCAUCGCAAUGGAAGAAAUAGGAUGCAGCACUGGCUUUGGAGCGUGCGGAGAUAGCAUAAUGGAAGGAAGUGUCUUUUUGUACAGAAUAAACCAGUAACAAAGUGUG